AUGGUAUCCAGCAACAAGCGAAAGCGGCCUUCAUCCCCAGAACCCAACAACAGCAACAACACACAAGAACGAGAAAAGAAGAAGAAGAGGCACCGCAAAACAGCACGACCACCGCAGUCAAGUGGCCGCAGCCCAACAGCCCGCGUGUCCAAACAACACAGACACAAAUGUAGUAAAAAGCCAGCGAGAGCACAGCGGAAAAAUGCAGGUAAUACAGCCGAGAGCCGCGAAGCCAUCACACAGUGGAACCAGCGCGAAUCGUAUUUCCUGCGUCUCCCAGGGGAACUUCGAAACCGGAUUUACGAAUUAUCACUUACAGGCCACGAAAUCUAUCUCAACAACGAAACCAGCAUUCUCCACCCGCACAAAUGGGUUGGCCGGGCCCCCAACCACCAGUCGUACUGGGACCCGCAGCCCAUCACACAGCUACUCGCGCUCAACCUGCCGCUUGUGUGCCGCCAGGUACACUUCGAAGUCUCGCCCGAUUACGUGUUUAGCAAUAACACGUUUGGACUGUCGUUUGACGAUCGCACCUUCAUGAUUGGGAGUAUGGGCAGACAGCGCGAUACGCGCGCUGCGUUGGAAACGGGGACGGCGACGAAAACUAUCUUGACGACGUACCUCCAUGAUGACAACAAUAACAAUACGCACGUCGAGCCGCCGACAUGCCACAUCCUGCAUGGCAACCACCUCGCGGACUCCCUGCUCUACGCGCGCAGCGUCGCGGAUCACUUGCUCAGAUUCAAUCCUGGCUUGCAGUAUACAGACGAAAUCGAGAUUGUGAAGAGGUUUCGGUUUCGACGUGGUUGCGAGUAUGUGGAGAGGGUUGUGAAGGUGCCGCGGAAGAGGGAGGGGAAAGGGGGGAAGAGGCGGAUGGAUGCGAGGGAGUGGAGGGAUUUGAGGAGUAGGAUUAAGGCGGCGAUGGGGGUGGUGUAG